GGGGGGUGGGGAAGGCCAGCUGUGAGUGCUUCGGGGUACGGCCAUGGCGGAGCGGCAGGACGGCUUCUGCCUGCGGGAGGUGCUGGCCGCCUUUCGGGCCUGCCUCACGGCGGAGCAGACCGUGCUCAUGGACCCCUACCUGCGCGGCUGGAACGGGCUCAUCAGGUUUCUGAACAGCCUGGGCACGAUUUUUUCCUUCGUGUCAAAAGACGCGGUGACCAAGAUACAGAUCAUGGAGAAGUACCGCAGCAGCGACCAGCGGGAGAGAUACGAGACUCUUCAGACCAUGGUGGAGUAUGAGUUGGCCAGCGGCUUGGUCAGUCUCAAAAACCGAGGGGAGUGCCCCGAGUCGGGCUGCCGGACCAUCUUGCGCCUCCACCGAGCCCUUCACUGGCUGCAGAUGUUUCUCGAGGGGCUGAGGACCAGCCAGGAGGACUCCAAGACGUCUGUGAUCUGCACAGACUCGUAUAACGCCUCCUUGGCAAACUACCACCCCUGGGUUAUUCGCAAGGCCGCCACGCUGGCUUUCUGUGCGUUGCCCACCCGAAACGCAUUCCUGGAAAACAUGAAUCUUGGCACUCCCGAGGAGGCGGUAGAUAUGCUGGGGGAAGCCUUGCCUUAUGUCUGCAAAGUCUAUGAGAUCACAGAGGAGCUGUAUGCAAAGCAUAAAAUGCUCGACCUUCCUUGAUGAGGAGAGGGGGAGAGGGGUUUGAUCAGGUUGUCUCGGUAGCGUGGCUUGCAAGGACCCACGCUCCUUAUCGCUGUGCACACGUGUAAACUAGAACCUGCUGAUCUGCACUAAAGCUUGGGGUCUUUCCUCUUCUGUUCCACUGUCGUCUCUCAUAUAUUGCUAAUAGACUGCAGCCAAAUCUGAGUGCUUUUUUUUUUUUUUUUGAGUCUCAUGGUAGCAUCCAUGUUUUGGCUCCUGUUUUUGUUGAAAGAAACUCAGACCAUUCCAAAGCCAUAUGGUAUUGCUCUUGCUUCAAGGGAUUCUUCAUCUGUCUCCUGGGUUCCUUUCCAAACUUUAUCUGAUUUUUAGUUCUUUAGAAAACUGAACAUAGGACCCAGAAAUGAAGGAUCGCUUAAUUUUCACCUUGAAGCAAGAACACUGGGGAGGUCUGUUCAGCCUCCUGUUCAGGGACGAGGGAGAAAUCCUUGGGACAUACCAAAGCCUUGAAUUUUGCGUUUUAGUUUGGUGCACUUUUAUUCCUGGGUUCUGGUAACUGUGAUGCUCUCUCUUGGAAGGAGCAGUUGAGCAUAGAUCUCCUUCUUGAAAAUUGUUUGUCACUAAUAGCAGAUCGCUCUUGCGUGUUCUCCUCUGCUUUUUCCUCCCCUCCAAAAGAGUUCAGGAGCAUUGAACUGUGAUACAGUAACGUAUUUGUCUCUCCCUUUCUAUGCAGGCAUGUCAGAGCAGGGAAUCCUUUUCUAUUUCUUCUUUCUAUCCCCUCUUGCUCUUUGCUGUUCUGAGUUGAGGAAGCUGCUUUAGUGUAUGCUGCAUGGUGCUAAGCUACAGAACGGUGCAGAGUUUUAUGCAUUUUGAGGGCUGUAUAUAUAGACGCUACAUAACACUAUAUAAUAAGCUUAAGGAAACAAAGGGAAUGCUGGAGGCUUGGAGAAACAAAAUGUCUUGGGCUCGUUGGGAUGAUUGUAACUUGUGCUGUAUAUCAAAUCAGUGUGUGCGGCUUCUUCCCCCGCCUCUCCCCGAAGCUUUAAUGGUUUCCAGACCAACUAAAUGUUAGGUUUUAAACAGAAGGUAAAUAUUCAUGCAAGUUCUAUUGCUAUUUUAGUGUGGAUUCCUGUUUGCUGAAGUAUAGGAUAAAUAAGAAGGGACAUGUAAAUAAGGCAGCAUACUUGAAUUUUGAAAGCCCUGGCGGUGUUUUGUAUCGCGAGAGGCGCUACUGCUACCCGUGUUCUGAAAACCACUAAAACAAGAUCACCCUAGACACUUGAAUGGCUGCUGAUUUAUUCUGUGGGAUACAGGAAUUCAGUAUUACCUUACAAGGUUCAGUCUAGUUAACACUGUUCUCCGUUAAAUUACAUAAAAUAACUUGCUCCCACAGAGCGCUGUCAUACAGGAAUGCUUCCCUCUUUCAGAUGCUGGAAGGCCUGUAUGACCUUUGGCUUAAUGCAAAGCGUGCUAUCGUAAGCAGCUGGGUAAUUAGCAGCUUAGCUUGCUGAUUACAAAUGAGACCAAACCCUUAACUGAUGUGUGCAGAAUGCACCUCUGUCUGGAUGACUGGUGUCUCUCUGUGGAAAACUGUUUAGCUAAGGGACUUGGAAAGGAAGGUUUUCCUGUACAGUGCCAGCCAUGAUAAAUACCUCUUAACCAUGGUAGGUGUGUGUCUAUGCUCUAAGAAAGCUUUGUGAAAUGUGUUGUUCUCCUUCCACAUCAAGAUUUUUGACCUUUAAAAUUGCUGCUUUUGCACACAGUGCCGUGGAGCAAAUUAUGCAUGAUGACAAUCCAGGUAGCUCCAUGUGCCACCUUUUAAGAAACACUCGGGGAUGUUUUAUUCUACGACAGCCAACAUAAAAACUUUCUCAGUUCAGCCUCUCCUGAUGAGAGGCAGCUGGUAUUCCAUGACUAGGUGCUUUUGGGGCAUAUUGUGUUGCUUCUUGAUGGUUUUGUGCCAUGUAUUGCUCAGAAAUGAAUGUAAUGUUUGUGUUCCGCGGGAUUAAUACAAAGACAGCAGUUUUACCACGUGUACAGGUGGUUUCUUUGUUCUCCGUUGAUAUGUCCAAGCUAAGUACUCAUCGCGUCAGACCAUAAGUUUAAGGGCAGGAGUUGAAAAAUAACUUACUUGCCUUUGUUUUUUCCUAUUAAAGUUGGCCUGUCGGUGCUA